ACUAUUUGAUUCCAUUUAAUACUGUAUUUUAGUAGUUUUUAUUACAGAUAAGAAGUCCUUUAUUAGUCGCACAAUGGGAAAUUUGCAGUAUUACAGCAGCAAGAGUCAAAAAGACAUUAGCAAGUAAUACACAACAUGCAAUACUUUAGUGUGUGGAAUAUAAAAAAGUAUAAAGAAAUAGAGGAACAAAUGAAUGUAAUUAAACUAGUAUAUACAGUGUAAAGACAGGAGGAAAUAUAUGCAGUGUGAGGAAAUUUACAGUUGAUGGAUUGCACAGGAUCCGUUUAUAUUGCACAGACAAAUGAAUAUAGCACAGUGAAUAUUGCAGAGAUGAGACUUAAAGUGUUAUGCAUUGUAUAAAAUCUAUAUCAUAAAAGUAACUAGUAAUUUACCAUAGUGAUAAAUUAUAAAUAUGUAUUGCAAUAUUACUCCAGCAUCUAACUCUAAUAUGUCCCUGUUAUGUUGGGAAGUGGAAGUUUAAAGUAGUAUACAAUGUAAAUACUUUAUACUACUUUAUGAAUACUGUUCAGUACAAAUUCCACAAAAUAUGACCUGAGUACUUCAGUAAAUAUACUGAGUUACUUUCCACCACUGGUUUUACGUGUUUCACAGGACUGGUGACAUGCAGAGUUGUAAUUGCUUGGUUUGCUAUUAAAAAUGACUGUAAAGGAAUCGCGUCCUUAUAAUUGAUCAAUUCAAUUUCAAUGUUGAUCGUCGCUGCUCACACGUUGUCCAGCGAGCCCAUAGAGCGAGCCUCAGGAGGUCCCAUCCUCCCACCGAUUGUUUCCUUUCCAUGUGGUUACGCCGUAUUUCCCACGGUCCCGGAACGCGGCAUCUGACAGGAAGCCCGCCCUCUCUCGUGACGCAUGGCUCGCGCUACGGUACGCCAUUUGUGUCUCGCAGGAAAACGCGCGGACGGAGCAAACAGUCGCUCAACAAGAGGUAGUUUGACCCGGCUUUGAUGACAGCAGUCCACUUAAAUUUAAUUAUUGUGGGAAAAUAUAAAGAUAAAAGUUUGGCAUUGUGAAAGGAGUCUGAAAAGGACACCAGGAAGAAGGUGCAGACAGGGGAUUUGAAAAUGGAGGAGAGUAAAAGACACUCACCCAGUAGAAACGCAGACUCCGUGCCUGAGGAUGGAGAUAACCUGUGCACAGCCUGUGGCUUCUCAGCCAAAUGUCCACGGUCGCUGAAGAUUCACUUUGCACGGAGGCAUGGAAAUAACUCCAAGAACAGUGACAACACUGCAAAGCCAACUGUAAAAAGUGACAAUAUCAGUGAUGUCAGCCAAGCUGAAAAACAACUGGAGGCAGACAUGGAGACAGAGAGUGCAGUUGAGGAGUCUGACCUUUUGGAGCUGAGGUCAGCAGCCAAUGACAAUGGAAAGAGUUUAACUAAGAAGCAAAGGGCAGUAGACAAACAGCAGGCCGAUCAAGGGGAGGUGAUCCUUACCCAAGAGAGAAGAGUAAGCAAGCGAACCCCGAAACCUAAGAUGAUUUACUCCUGCAACUACUGUGGGCAAGAAUUUAGGGACAAAGCUCCUCUAGAUGUUCAUAUCCAGAGAUACCACACCAAAGGUACACCAUACACGUUUGAUGCUGAUGAAAACAUGGAUGAUGAAGAGGAACCUGAGGAUCCUGCCGACCCUGUGAAGGCCACUGAGAUACGAGUGGCGACCAAACAUGCGCACAGCAGGUUCCUGCUGAAGUGCGAACACUGUGAUUUUAGGCUCAGUACCCCUGCGCUGCUGGAGAACCACGCUCGGCACAAACACCUGGACCAGGAGUGGUACCGCUGCAAAUUGUGCAACUAUUUUUCGGCCACACCAGAGUGGAUGGAAGCGCAUCUAUCCUCAGAUAACCACAUGCAGCUGCAGGCGGUGAAGCAAAACGCAGAAUCUUCCUCAUUUCACGUCUACGUUGAGUGUGUAAAGAGGGACCAUGUGGGAGAUGCUGCAAAUAUAGAUGAUUGUGCUCAGCCUGGUGGAAUGUUGAAAGAAGGACACCAGGAGACUGAAAAGGCAGUGGAGGCUGCUCAAGCUGUGUUGGUUGACGAUUUGGAGCUUGAACCCCCCAGAAAAAAAAGGGGAAGACCAAAGCAAGGGUCCACAACCACUUGUGGUUACUGUGGCCUGGUAGUGUCCAACGCCACCAACCUCAGUGUUCAUGUUCGCCGGAAACACAGCAAGGAGUAUGGAUACAGCUGCACUCUGUGCAACUACAACUGCGUGACCAAAGGAGACAUGGACCGUCACUGUAUCACGAAGAAACAUGUCAGGCGUGCACAAGAGUGUUCAAAAAAGAACCCCGUCUACAAUCCCACAAGCGCGUCACAGCAGGAAUCCACGAGUUCACAAGCCCAGCAACCGAACGCAGCCUCACACACCUCAGACAAAGAGCAGGAAUCUAACAACACAGAGAACAGUGGACAAGAGCCAACACAGUCAGACUCAAGCCAGAGGAAAAGUAAAUAUGACUUUGUUAACGCUUGCAGCGACUGCGAUUUUGUUGCCCAUUCACUCCCUUCGCUCCAGCUCCACGUCAAGCGAAAGCACACCAAAGAAUUUGAGUAUGUCUGCUUAGCGUGUAGCUACUACUCAGUAACAAGCAGGGAAAUGUCUCGCCAUGCAAACACAGAGAAGCACAAACUGAACAGCCAGAGAUACUUGGAGCCAGUGGGCAGUGAAGGCCGAAGAGCUUUGGCACUCCCAUUGAAGCCGAGGGACGUCAUUGAGCUUUCUGGGUUGAACUCGAACACUGAAGAGUCUGAAUCUUGCUCAAACGACAGUCGAGCUACAGAAAGUCAGAACACAGCCGUGACCUCCAUCGCCACAGAACCUGUCCACACUGUGGUUAUUGUUGCUGGCAGUGCAGAUGAGAAGCAAAGAGAGAAUAUUGCAUCUUCCACUGGUGCAGAAUCCGAUCCAACCAACAAGACUGUUGCGCUUACAGCACCGUCUGAAGCCCAGGAGACCCCUGCAGACCUGCAACCUGCAGCUGACGAGUCUGCCCAGCAAGAGAGCCAGGAGGAAGGGGCGAAAGAGGAAGACAAUGAACAUGAAAAUGCUGAUGUGAUGAGUGUAGAUGAAAAAAGUGACAGCUCACAUUCAGAUACACAAGUGCCCAAAGCCCUUUUCCUUGACGCCUGCAUUGUAUCUAUGAAGGCCCUUGCGGAGCAGGAGCAGGUGCUGCAGGAAGAUCUGGCUCUGGAAGGUGAGGCCGCUGUGAUAUGUCUGACUGGAGGUACACCUGUGCUCUCUGACCACUCGACCCCCAGUUAUGCAUAUGUUAAGACACUCAAACCCAAGGAAAUGAAGGUCAAGGAGAAAGUCAAAGCUAGCGGCUCUCGCAUACGCUGCGAGGACUGUGGCUUUAUAGCUGAGGGCAUCAGCGGCCUCAACGUCCACAUCUCGAUGAAGCAUCCAUCCAAGGAGAGGCACUUCCACUGCCUGGUGUGUGGCAAGUCGUUCUACACCGAGAGCAACCUGCACCAGCACCUGACCAGUGCCUCCCACCUCCGCAACGAGCAGAACAGCGUUGAGGAGCUGCCUGAGGGGGGAGCGAGCUUCAAGUGCGUGAAAUGCACUGACCGCUUCGAGUCGGAGCAGGAUCUGUUUGUUCACAUCAAGGAGAAACACGAGGAGCUCCUCAGAGAGGUCAACAAGUACGUGGUGGAGGACACGGAGCAGAUCAACAGAGAGCGUGAGGAGAACAAGGGCUGUGUGUGUAAAUACUGUGGCAAGGUGUGCAAGAGCAGCAACUCCAUGGCCUUCCUGGCACACAUUCGCACCCAUACUGGAUCUAAGCCCUUCAUGUGCAAGAUCUGCAACUUUGCAACGGCUCAGCUGGGAGACGCCAGGAACCACGUGAAGAGACACCUGGGCAUGAGAGAGUACAAAUGUGACAUCUGUGGAUGGGCCUUUGUGAUGAAGAAACACCUCAGCACGCACUUACUGGGAAAACAUGGAGUCGGGCAGCCUAAAGAGAGCAGCAUGCUGACAAUGCUACCCAGGGACUGCUAAAGACCAGUGUCUGCCUUCACUGUUCCUCUGAUCCCUA